UUUAUCUGCAACCCCCACACACACACACUCAAACAAACGCUAUGUAUGUGCUUGCCGUAAUCGUGGCCGUCGUCGUGAAUCCCCCCCCACCCACCCCACGCACGCAGUCCUCAUUGUGAUUGACAGGUGAGGAGCGUACUCGUAAGGAAAGCGAAGGCGCGUGCCUGACAGGGAUGGACCGCGCGUGUCAACCUGCGGCGCGCGCACACGUUUUCCGCGUAACAGCACACGUUUAUGAUUGGUGCGUGCGUGUGUUUACCAAUAACGUGCAGUCUAACGCGACAUGUGCCCGUGGAAGCCUCCGACGUGGACGCGAGCACGUGUGUGCAUAUUCCACACGAUCACUACUACAAAAAAAAAAGGAGAGAAGAAGAGGUCAUCAUUUGCAGAGCAUCAUGCCGCUGGUGAAGAGGAACAUAGAGCCCCGGCACCUAUGUCGCGGGGCGCUGCCGGACGGCGUGACCAGCGAGCUGGAGUGCGUCACCAACAGCACGCUGGCAGCAAUCAUCAAACAGCUGGGCGGCUUGAGCCGCCAUGCUGAGGAUAUUUUCGGGGAGCUGUUCAACGAAGCCAACAGCUUCUACUUAAGGAUGAGCAGCUUGCAGGAGCGUGUGGACCAGCUGGCGGUCAAGGUCACUCAGCUCGACUCCACCGUGGAGGAAGUUUCCCUGCAGGACAUUAACAUGAGGAAGGCAUUCAAGAGCAGUACCAUCCAGGACCAGCAGGUGGUGUCCAGGACGUCCGUGCCCAACCCUGUGGUAGAGAUGUACCAUCGCUGUGACAAACCUCCCCCGCUCAACAUCCUCAGCCCCUACAGGGAUGACAAGAAGGACGCUCUCAAGUUCUACACGGACCCAUCCUACUUCUUCAACCUGUGGAAGGAGAAGAUGCUGCAGGCCACCGAAGACAAACGCAAGGAGAAGAGGCGCCAAAAGGGCUGUCCGGCCCAUCCCGACAGACCCCACUCCAGACAGGCCCCACCCAGGAGUCCCCUGUCCAUCUCUGAGCAGCAGAAGCAGGUGGAGGACCCGAGCCGAGAGGUCAAGAAGGUGCGUAAGGCUCGUAACCGGCGUCAGGAGUGGAACGUGCUCGCCUAUGACAAGGAGUUCAGACCCGACGCCAGGCUGACCCCCUCGCCGUACCAUGGCAUGUCUCCUGAGGGCUCCUUGUCACCUGACAGCAGGUCAAUGGCAUCCGACUCUUACCCCGCCAGUCCCAACCACCCAGCUACCCAGACUCCCAACGCGGGCCAUCCUGCCGACCACCUCGGCCCGGCCGCUCAGACCCAGUCACUGGAUCGCGGGCUCAGGCCGGCCAACCAGCCCUCUGGAGCGGGAGGCUCCGCCGCCGGCGGGCGCCACGUGGCUUCCCUGGGCAGGACCCCAUCAGGUCACGCUAACCAGGCUGCGGGAGAUCUGACCGUCAACGGGCCCAGGCAGCAGUCAAUCAAGGAUUACCGAGCAGGCCACGGUGGCCAGCCUACCACCAUUCCAGAGUACUACAUCCCACCUGCACCACCUCCUCCGCCCCCAAGCAUCCCCUCAGCCCAGACGGCGUUUGACCACACCCCGGGCCCACCCUCCGCCGUCCCACCCACCUCCUCUGCCCUAUCCCGUCCCUACUCCCCCUCUCCUCCUCCUCCUCCCGUCAACUACGUCCCCUCCCCUGCCCACCCACCUUCAGGGGUCCCACCGGCCGCCCCACCGCCUCCCCCGCCUGGAGGCCUCUUGGGCCACCAGGCUCACCUUUCCCCUACGCACGCCGCCGUCGGGCAGGCAGGAGUGGACGCCGCGCCCCCCACGAGGAAGGGCACCAUGCUGGGGAUGAUGCCCAUGAGCGACGCACGCUCCGAUCUGCUGGCCGCCAUACGUAGAGGCAUCCAGCUGAGAAAGGUGCAGGAGCAGCGGGAGCAGGAAGCCAAGCGGGAGCCCGUUGGCAACGACGUGGCCACCAUCUUGUCGCGUCGCAUCGCCGUGGAAUACAGCGAGUCGGACGACGACUCCGAGCUCGAUGAGAACGAGUGGUCCGACUAAAGAGGUUUUGGGUGUAAUACGGAGUUGUGAUGGAGGCACAUUUUAAAAUUUAUUGCGACAAAAAUGUCAUUUCGAUCAGUUUUCCACCACUCUUGGGAUGCGUCUAAACACCCAGCAGAGUUCAGCACACAAUUUCAACAAAACGAAUGGACCGAUUCCUCCCCCUUACAUCCUAAUUGAUAACAAUAUUCCAGGCCUCUUGCUGCACAUAGCCCCUGUUGAGUGAGGGGGUGUUGUGUUGACUCAACACAUGGCACAGCAACAAGAGUUAUUAGUGUGCAAUCCUAAUAUUUAUUUUUCUUUAUGAAAACUAGCCAAGAGUUAAAACUACUUUCAGUGCUCAACAAGUGCACCUUUCUUUGAUCAAACUACACUUGUGGGAGUUUCACCCAUUGAACACGUUAAUGCUUACUUGUUUGGUAGUAGAGGAAGCUAUCUAGUAGGGGUGUGGGGAAAAAAAUCGAUUCGAAUUCGAAUCGCGAUUCUCAUGUGCGAUUCAGAAUCGAUUCUCUUUUUUUUUUUUUUUAUCGAUUUUUUUUUUUUUUUUUAAUAAAUCAAUCCAACAAAACAAUACACAGCAAUACUAUAACAAUGCAAUCCAAUUCCAAAACCAAACCCUACACAGCAACACUCAGAAGUGCAAUAAACAGAGCAAUUGAGGAGACACAGAACAAACCAAAAGUAGUGAAACAAAAAUUAAUAUUAUCAACAACAGUAUCAAUAUUAGUUACAAUUUCAACAUAGCAGUGAUUAAAAAUCCCUCAUUGACAUUAUAAUUAGACAUUUAUUAAAAAAAAAAAGAAUAGUGUCACAGUGGCUUACACUUGCAUCGCAUCUCAUAAGCUUGACAACACACUGUGUCCAAUAUUUUCACAAAGAUAAAAUAAGUCAUAUUUUUGGUUCAUUUAGUAGUUAAAACAAAUGUACAUUAUUGCAAUCAGUUGAUAAAACAUUGUCCUUUACAAUUAUAAAAGCUUUUUACAAAAAUCUACUACUCUGCUUGCAUGUCAGCAGACUGGGGUAGAUCCUGCUGAAAUCCUAUGUAUUGAAUGAAUCGAGAAUCGUGUUGAAUUGAAAAAAUAUCGAUUUUGAAUCGACUCGUGACCCCAAGAAUCGAUAUUGAAUUGAAUCGUGGGACACCCAAAGAUUCGCAGCCCUCCUAUCCAGUAUAGGUAGAUGAUACUGGAAAUGUUGCUAUUGAUCUGAUACCAUGUAAAUACCGGGCAAGCAUUGCUGAUACUGAUACUUUUUACUUGAAAAUUAUUUGGGGAUUUUGCCUUUAAUUUGUUGAUCAUGAUUAUAAUUAGACUAAAACGAUAAAAAAUAGUUUUUUCAGCAACAAAUGUCAACAAUUAAACAACAAUGCAACCAUAUCAACAAAAGAAGACAAUUAUCCACUUUACUAUAUUUUACUUCUUUAGGCAAAAUAACUGGGGGGAAAAAAAGCUACUUUGCCCCCAAAGUUCUCCUGCAAGGACUUAUUCUCUGACCUAUAUUUGUGCAGCUUUGUAAAUCUAUACAAUUCGAACAACAUUGUAAAAACACAUUUGUGGAAGAAUAUUGAUAUUGUCGCGCUAAUAUCAAUCUGAUACUAAUACUGCCUUUUGUAUUGGAUUUUGAAUCGAUCCACCCAGCAACUAUACAGCUUGUGUUAAUUGUUAAUACAUUUUCGGAGGCUCGCCAUCUCGGCUCCGGCAGGUGAGCAAUUAUAUGUUAUGUAGACUACAAGGAAGUGUUUUAAAUGUAGAAAAAAAAAAUAUGACUCUUUUAAUGCGCCUUAUAAUCCGGUGCGCCUUUUGUAUGAAAAUAGACCUGAAAAGACCUGCUCAUCGGCAGUGCACCUUGUAAUCCGGUGCGCCCUAUGGUCCGGGAAAUACGGUAGUGUGCGUGCGUUAAAACUUGCAUCACUUUGUAGGAGGUUGUUUUACUAAGUUUAGUUGAUUUAAUUUUAUUAUUUUACAGGCAGAUCUGCCACACCCAAUAUGACAACACACGUAUCACAGCAACUUGCUCAAUGAUUGUUAUAUAUAGUUAUGACACAUCCAAUGUAUCAUUGCUUUUUUUGUUGCUGUUUUGGAUGAUGACAGGAGUGUUACUGCAUCAAUAAUGAAUAAUCUUCCUUUAAAAACACGAAUAAUUGCACAAUUGGAUGUUUUGUGACUUGUUUUAAUAUUGGGCUUCAUGUGGCCUUACUGUCUCAAGAGAUUGAUUGAAACUUUUAUUAGUAGAUUGCACAGUACAGUACAUCUUCCGUAUAAUUGACCACUAAAUGGUAACACCCGAAUAAGCUUUUCAACUUGUUUAAGUCGGGGUAAAUCAAUUCAUGGUAGAUGGGUUGUGAAAAGUCAAAACGUAUUCCUUAAUGAUAUUUAAAUUAACUUCUCAGUCACAUUGUGCUCAGAACACAUUAGAGGCAUAUAAAAAUGGAGCAGUUAAAAGGAUUAAAGACAAAAUGAAAUUAAAUGAAAAUAACUCCUUAGUUGUGUUCCUGUGGUUGUUUAGCAGUCAUUACUACCGUCUUAAAAUAAUAUCCUAUGGGAUAGUCUUCUUUUCAUGCAUCUUGUAAUAGUGCACCUGACCAAUGACGCCUUUAGAAUUCAUUAACAGUCAAUGAUCUUGAUCCUUAAUGAUUAGGGAUGUCCGAUAAUGGCUUUUUGCCGAUAUUCGAUAUUCCGAUAUUGUCCAACUCUUUAAUUACCGAUAUCAACCGAUAUAUGCAGUCGUGGAAUCAACACAUUAUUAUGCCUAAUUUGGACAACCAGGUAUGGUGAAGAUAAGGUCCUUUUUUUUUUAAUUAAUAAAAUAAAAUAAGAUAAAUAAAUUAAAAACAUUUUCUUGAAUAAAAAAGAAAGUAAAACAAUAUAAAAACAGUUACAUAGAAACAAUUAAUGAAAAUGAGUAAAAUUAACUGUUAAAGGUUAGUACUAUUAGUGGACCAGCAGCACGCACAAUCAUGUGUGCUUACGGACUGUAUCCCUUGCAGACUGUGUUGAUAUAUAUUGAUAUAUAAUGUAGGAACCAGAAUAUUAAUAACAGAAAAAAACAACCCUUUUGUGUGAAUGAGUGAGGGAGGGAGGUUUUUUGGGUUGGUGCACUAAUUGUAAGUGUAUCUUGUGUUUUUUAUGUUGAUUUAAUUAAAAAAAAAAAAAAAAAAAGAUACCGAUAAUAAAAAAAACGAUACCGAUAAUUUUCGAUAUUACAUUUUAACGCAUUUAUCAGACAUCUCUAUUAAUGAUGGACGUGACAAUCAAGCGGUCAGGACCAAAAGAGCAGCCGAUAUUCUCCUCCCUGAAUGUUUUACCUUGUUCAUUUUCCCUUCCCUUCUCUGUGGCUCACUGCCUUCUUGGUAAAACAAUUAAAUGAAUAGAACAACUCCAAAAGUAACUUACAAGCAAUGUUAUUCUUCCACACUUGUGCUGCAUGUGGCGUGUAUUCCUCCGCCAGCGUGCUGUGAAUAGUUCCCAAGCAAAUCUCAUGUUCACCGACCAAAAUUAAGUUUUUAAUUAGUUUUUGGGAGUGGUACCACAGAACAUCAUAAACCAAGAACCACCUGCAAAUGGAGAAGCGUGUCCAUAGGUGUGAACAUGAUGGUUGUCUAUAUGCGAGCCCACAGUGUAACCUUCAGCUCACCUAUGAGCCGAAUGAGAAGCAGCAGAAAAAGCUUUGUUAUAGCAGUUGUGUUACCAUGAUCAGAGGGCCAAACUCCCAUGAUGACAUCAACAUUUUGUAUUUGUCAUCAUAGCAAAUGAAUACAAAAAAACGGCUGUUACGAGAGCCAGCGUAGACCGUUAUUAAUGUGACUUUUUACUCUCUUCAGAGCCAGUGACUGUGUGCUGUGGUGUUGCUCUUCUGUACAAUUACAAGUUGUGGGUCAAAGGUCAAAAGGUCCUGGAUCAGGCUCGGUGUCAGGACAGCUAUAAAUACAUGUGUUAGAGCAGCAGCAAAUAAACAGCAUUAUUAUUGUCAGCUUGGGAUUGGCUGGUCGCAGUGUGAGAACACGUUAUGUAGUUUUAUUUCAUUUAAAAAAAAAAAGAAAAAAAAAAAGUGCUGCAGUGACUCGUUGGCUUUGAUUUAUUGCAGGAUUUUUUUCACGUUGUAACUUAAAAUGCAUUUUAGUUGAGUCGUAUGCCAAAAUCUUCACCUAUUUAACGAGCAGUUGUGGUGAAUCAUUGUCGAAUCUCCCACAAAAAAAAAAAAAAAAGAUAGAAAUGCAUCGCUAUGAUUUUGAUGAGUAUUGAGUAAACAAAAUGUCAAUAUUGAUUCACAUCCCUGUGAUCUCAGUGAGCGUGAUUUUAUUAUGUUGAGUCUUUGCCUCCGUCCACCGUCACUCCCAUGAAGAAGAGCUGAUGGAACAUUGGAUUGAGGCACUGAGGAGUCUGACCCAGCCUUAAUCUUAAUUAAUCUUACUUAAACCAUUUAAAAAAAGGUAAGCACAUGCUCUAACAUGGAACUAUGAAGGUGAAUAUAUUUGAAAUCCUCGUGGCCCCUGACUAAAACGUUACACCGCUUUACAUUUUGGCAAAUAAACUACCCACAAGAAGUCGUUUGGGUGAACUUACAUGCAAUAUUACAUUUUACAAGUAAACUUUUCAAUGCGCAUGUCCAACUGUUGAAUGUUUUACUUUUUGCUUUUCUCUAACAAGGAACUGAAAUACACAUGAAUGUGUGUCCUGCCUUUGUUAGAAUUAGUAGUCAAAUCCUCCUUCCUCUUCAUCAUGCUGUUCACAUUUUGACUCUGUGGGACCAAGACAACACCUUACAUUUGAUCAACAGUACCUCGCCAUUAGCAGAGAGCAGUGAUAUUCAACUCAGUUUUAGGGGCCACAUUUCCAGAAGGCUAAAUACUUGGGGGCCGGACGUCUCCUUUCACUCUUAGUCUUAUGUUGUAUAUUCCAAAGAGCCAGCGUCCUCUACAGUAGACAUUUGAUUUUUGUCUAUUUAUUUUGUCAGAGUUAUAGAAGCACUCUGCUUUUGCAAAAGAAGAUAAUCAAAGAUGUUUUUUUUAAUUUGCUGCAAAGUGAGUCUCUCACAAAUAUUUUGGACUGAACUUGCAGGCCACCAGAUAAAUAACCCACAUGGUGAAAAAGAGAACCUUGAGGAACACUACUAGUAUAACUAAAGAAGUUGAACAAAUGACUACUGACUGCAUCCAUCGGAAGUAAACAAGCUACAGCAACACUUUAAUUACAUGAAUCACAUUACUAAAAAAACCAUGUGUAACAGGUCAAAAAGAAGAUGACUUAAAAGGGUGCCUUGAGGAACACCUCAGUUUUGUAACUCACAGGUUGGACCCAAGUUUGUUGGCAAGGUUUAAAGGCCUACUGAAAUGCGAUUUUCUUAUUUAAACGGGGAUAGCAGGUCCAUUCUAUGUGUCAUACUUGAUCAUUUCGCGAUGUUGCCAUAUUUUUGCUGAAAGGAUUUAGUAGAGAACAUCGACGAUAAAGUUCGCAACUUUUGGUCGCUGAUAAAAAAGCCUUGCCUGUACCGGAAGUAGCAGACGAGUAGCGUGACGUCACAUGUUGUGGAGCUCCUCGCAUCCGCACAUUGUUUACAAUCAUGGCCAUCAGCAGCGAGAGCGAUUCGGACCGAGAAAGCGACGAUUUCCCCAUUAAUUUGAGCGAGGAUGAAAGAUUUGUGGAUGAGGAAAGUGAGAGUGAAGGACUAGAGGGCAGUGGGAGCGAUUCAGAUAGGGUGGGACUUGAUAUUCAGCUGGGAAUGACUAAAACAGUAAAUAAACAAGACAUAUAUAUACUCUAUUAGCCACAACACAACCAGGCUUAUAUUUAAUAUGCCACAAAUUAAUCCCGCAUAACAAACACCUCCCCCCUCCCGUCCAUAUAACCCGCCAAUACAACUCAAACACCUGCACAACACACUCAAUCCCUCAGCCUAAAGUACCGUUCACCUCCCCAAAGUUCAUACAGCACAUAUAUUUCCCCAAAGUCCACAAAGUUACGUACGUGACAUGCACAUAGCGGCACGCACGUACGGGCAAGCGAUCAAAUGUUUGGAAGCCGCAGCUGCAUGCGUACUCACGGUACCGCGUCUGCGCAUCCAACUCAAAGUCCUCCUGGUAAGAGUCUCUGUUGUGCCAGUUCUCCACAGGCCAAUGGUAAAGCUUGACUGUCAUCUUCCGGGAAUGUAAACAAUGAAACACCGGCUGUGUUUGUGUUGCUGCAGUCGGCCGCAAUACACCGCUUCCCACCUACAGCUUUCUUCUUUGCUGUCUCCAUUGUUCAUUGAACAAAUUGCAAAAGAUUCACCAACACAGAUGUCCAGAAUACUGUGGAAUUUUGCGAUGAAAACAGACAACUUAAUAGCUGGCCACCAUGCUGUCCCAAAAUGUCCUCCACAAUCCGUGACGUCACACGCUGACGUCAUCAUACCGAGACGUUUUCAGCAGGAUAUUUCGUACAAAAUUUAAAAUUGCACUUUAGUAAGCUAACCCGGCCGUAUUGGCAUGUGUUGCAAUGUUAAGAUUUCAUCAUUGAUAUAUAAACUAUCAGACUGCGUGGUCGGUAGUAGUGGGUUUCAGUAGGCCUGUAAAUGUCAAUGCGAGGAUCUGCCAAUGUCUUUACAGUGGUCCAAGUUCAUCUAUUCAACAAGAGCACUCUCGUUUUUAGGAAUUUGCCGCAAAAAUGUUUGUCUCCCAGGUUUUCAACUGAACUCAAGGGCCGGUAUGGUGUCAUUCCUGGGCCAGAUUUGGCCCCCGGGCUGCCAGUUGAAUAGCACUAGGUUUAGAAUCUCAGUUUCAUCAGCAGGUUGCAAGAGAAACUAGAAAAGUGCCAUGGGUUUUAAAAAUAUAUAUAUCGGCAGUUGCGAAUUGUGACAUUCAUCUUGUUGGAGUACAGUAAGUUGUGCAAAAAGUACUGAAAUAUUCAACAGUUGUACAAUGUUUGCAGAAGGUAAUAUCCCAUGUUUUGUGACUAUUGUAUGUUUGUGAAACUGAAAAUUAUGGUCUCAAUUAUAAGUGGGGAAGCUGAUUUUGUUUCAUUCAGCGCUAACACAAAAUUAAAAAAGCCGGAGAUUAGGUUUGUAAAAUAAUUCAAAGAUUCACCACAAAGGCUUAUUUUCUUCUUUAAAUGUUUUGAUGUAAAUAAAAUGGCAACACAUUGAAAAUGAGUUUUAAAAAAAAGAAGUCUCCAAACUGAAUGAGCUUUUCAUGGCUUGCUGAGAGACAUGCAUCUACUGUAUGGCAGGUACUGUUGAAGCUAAAUAGGAUGUUGAAGUGGGUCAAAAAUGUAUUUAGAGCAUUCCCAACUGGGAAAGAUUGUGUGCUCCGAGCUUACAUAGUCAACGAAUGUAAAAGCCGUAAAAACCUGACACUUCCCUCCUCGGUUUGAAUCCUGUCGCCGAGCUUUUGGAUGCUGUGUUUCCAUGGCAACCACCUUGUGCUGGUAUCUUGGCGUGACUGUACAGACUUUACUAAGAGGACCUGUAAAGUAAACACUUGUUCUUUUGGAGUCAUUCAUGUACGUUGUUAGACAAUUGUAUUAAAAAGAAAAAAAACGGUAUGGCUCAAAGAAGCUGUAAGCAAGUAUGCAUGUAAUUAUUGACAAUAAAUUGUGAACUUGA